AUUUACUUAUUAAGAAUGAUUCCGUCAAAGUGAGAGCUUUGGAAUAUGUAAAGAUGACCAAAAUUUUCCCUAAAUGCGGUUUUCUUGAAACUGUGAAGAACUCAAGCGAACUUUGUGAUGAGUUUCGUAAAUUAUUGGACUCAAGCUUAUCCUUUGAAGAAUACAUAUCACUUUUGGCUACUUCCGCAAUCAUUUAUGUUUUAGCCGAAACAAAAACACUGCGGGAUAUUUUAAAAACAGGACUUCUGGAAGAAAUCAUAAGUCGUAUACAACUUAAGCAUGCGGGUCCCACACAGGCUAUGUGCCAAGAAAUUUUUAGAGCACUUCAAUAUCAAUCUUUGGAUGCAUACCCAAAUAUCAUUACUUUUGCUUUAGCUCUUCCAUUGGAAUAUCCUACAUCUGUAGCCAUACAUUUAUGUUUGGCUUCGGCUUGCCUAUAUAAAUGUAUUAAUUUCUCAAAUUAUAAAUGGAAGGCAAAGUUUAUAAAUUUCCACAGUCUAAUUAAAUAUAUGGAUCUUGUGGAUGAUGAUAUUUUUCUUGGUGGAGAUAAAUCUGUAUACUUUUGUUAUUUCCUGAAAGCAAUGUCUGCUUUGUUACUUAUCAUACUAUUUAACGGGGAUCACCAGGAAUUGAUUUUGAUGGGCUAUUCACCUUACAUUACAUACAACGUCCAGGAUCUUAGAAAACUCAUUCUUUGGUUUUUGAGGUUACUUGUAAAAAUGUCAAGUUUAAAUACGGAAAAUCAUUAUGCUUCGGCGUGCCAUUAUCAGUUGACAGCAAUUAUGAACUCAUCAAUCCUUGAACGCAUACAAUUUGUCGAAUAUGAAAUGUGCAAGGAAUCAAACGCCUAGGCAUAAAAUUUAUUACUUUGAAACCACAUAUAUAUCGUAGAAAUUAAGAAGGCUUAUCGGUGUAAUUAUUGUAGAUUUGUAUAAAUUCUUCUAAAAACAUAUAUACAAUAAAACCGCAUUGUACCACUGUAAACUGUAUAUAUACUUAAAUAGUUUGUAUACAUUUACUCUCAUAUUUUUUAGCAACCUAGUUAUAGAUUUAAGUUUUCGUGUACUAUCAAAAUCUUUAUGGGUCGAUACUAAAGAUGUAAGGUAAUCUAAACAACUCUUUUGGGUUAACAAUACAGAGACUCAAUAAAUAAAUAAAUAGA